CACCGCAAGUGGGGGCGACAAAACUCGCGCAAAAAGAUUGCCCCAUUGUGUUCCACUCCACCCCACAUCACUAGUUUCAUUUCAUCGUCAUCUAUCAUUCCCCAUCCAUCAUAAACUGCCUUUCACUCCCCUACUCGCUCCCACUCACUCAAUCACUCACUCAAUCACCCACUUUCCCUUUCUCCUCUAUACUUUACUAAAAUCCUAACAGAAAGAAGGAAAGAAAGACCGACACACACGCUCUCCCUUCUCUCUCUCUCCCUCCACUCUCUGCGAAGAGAGAGAGGAACAAAAAUGGCCAACAUCUCUUCUAAUUCCCAUUUUGCCCCUACGUCCCUACUCUGUUUUUUCCUCCUCCUCUCUUCUUCCCCCAUUCCCACUACUUUGGCCUUAAACAUCACCGCCCUCCUCUCCACCAUCCCUGACCUCUCCGACUUCACCGCACUCCUCCUCUCCUCCGCCCCCAACCUCGCCGCCGAACUCUCCCGCCGCUCCUCCCUCACCCUCCUCGCCGUCCCCAACCCCUACCUCUCCCCCUCCUCCGACCUCACGCGCCGCCUCUCGUCUUCCUCACGCGCCGACGUCCUCCGCUAUCACAUCCUCCUCGAAUACCUCUCCGAGUACGACCUCCGCCGGAUCCCCUCCUCCGGGAAGAUCGUCACCACCCUACUCCAGACCACCGGCCGCGCAGCCAGCAACUUCGGCUCCGUGAACAUCACGCGCGACCCCUCCACCGGCGCCGUGUCCGUCCGCUCCCCGGCGCCCUACUCCCCCUCCAACGCCACCGUCCUCAGCCUCAUCAAGACGCUCCCGUACAAUGUGAGCGUCUUCGCCCUCGAUUCGCUCCUCGUCCCGUACGGCUUCGAUCUGAUGGCUUCGGAGACGCGGCCGCCGCUGGGGCUCAACAUCACGAAGGUGCUGAUCGACGGCCACAACUUCAACGUCGCGGCUUCGAUGCUGUCGGCCUCCGGCGUCGUCGAGGAGUUCGAGGCCGACGAGGGCGGCGCCGGGAUCACCCUCUUCGUCCCCGUCGACACCGCCUUUGCCGACCUCCCCUCCACCGUCAGGCUCCAAUCUCUCCCCGCCGACAAGAAGGCCGUGGUGCUCAAAUUCCACGUCCUUCACUCCUAUUAUCCCCUGGGCUCUCUCCAGUCGAUUGUGAAUCCCGUUCAGCCCACAUUGGCGACGGAGGACAUGGGAGCCGGGAGCUUCACGCUCAACAUUUCUAGGGUUAACGGAUCGGUGGGGAUCGACACGGGGAUCGUCCAGGCCUCGGUGACGCAGACGGUGUUCGAUCAGAAUCCCGUCGCCAUUUUCGGGGUUUCUGAGGUUCUUUUGCCGAGGGAGAUCUUUGGGAAGAAUCCGAUAAUGAUGACCAAGCCUGGAGCUCCUUUUGUUAGCGGUGGCGCUCAGCCGCCGUACAUCUCUCUUUCGCCGGAGAAUUCGCCGGGAUUUGACGGGCCUUCGUCGCACCUCUCGUCUCCACCGGGUUUAUCGGAAGCGGCCAUAAACGGCUUCGGAAGCUUGGGGCUUGCUCUGGUGUGUUGUAUAGGACUGUAUCUAUUACUGGUAUGAGAUCUCUCUCUCUCUUUUUUUUUUUUUGCCUCGUGAUUAGAUUUUUUUUUUUUUUUCUGGAUUCCUCUUCUUUUUUUACACGGUGAAUUGAAUUUGGCUACAAAUGGCCUAAUUUUUCAUUUCUUUUCUUUUUUUUUUAAAGUUCAAAAUUGGAUGUUAAUUUGUGUCGAUGUUUCAAUAAUUUAUAUAUAUAUAUAUAUAUAUAUUAGAGGCCACAAUUUUUCCCCCUCUGUAAAGCAUUGAGAUUUGGUUAUCUAUAUAGUCUGUUGUACCGAA